UUCUUCACGUUUUCUUGCAGUCAAAGAACAACUUCCAUGGCCCCUGAGGAAAAACCCUUGGCCUGCUACAAGUCAAACUGGCCGCUUGGCAGCAGCCUCUUCUCCUCUAUAAAUACCUCUCAUGCAUUGCUCACACCCUCAAACCCAUAUCUCAUUCCUCAUAAUCUUCUUCCCCACCUGCAAAUUUUCAGAAACUAUGGCGUUUAUGGAGGGCUCUGCAGCGGAUAUGCUGAUCAAGGUGGUGGUGUUCGCUCUUGUUCAAGGCCUGGUUUUUCUGAUCCUUAAGAGUUCUUCAGACGUGUUCUCCAAGAACAAGAUGAGAUCUCUCAGCUUCAAGCCUGCUCGGUCUGCUAGCAUUCGCCGCAUUCUUGCUGUCAUCUCGGAUUUGCCAGCCGGCGGCGAGGUGUCAUCGCGAUCAUCAAGAGGCCUGCUGGCACCCAGUACUGGAGAAUAUGCCACUGCUGAUGAGGAUAAAUACUAAGAGUUCUUCAGCAUUUCACAGUUGGUUAUGGCAGCUUGGCGUUUGUUUAGGAAUUGAUUCUUUUGUUCUUUGAAAUGGUAUUCUUUUUGGGGUUUGUGUGAAGUUUUGGUUUUGUAUUGAUAGAAAUAUUUCGUGCAUACAAUUGAAAUUAAAUAGUACUUACAUUGACCCACCACCUAUGAGAAUAAUUAAUUCAAGGAUUCGGGGUUUUUAUGGAUGGAUGUCAAAGGCUUUGGAAUGCUAAAAUGGAGAAGGGGAAUGAGGAAUCCUUUCAUGUUUUAAUUCAAUAGUUUAGUUGGGUUGGUUUAAUCAUGGGAAUAACAACUUUUUAUGGAAAUUGAAUCCUACUUUUAUCAAAA